CUCAAACAAAAACUCUAUGAAGCCAUUUGGAAAAGCUGUGUUAUUUUACACCCGUUAGUAUUUCUCCUCAGCGGGGCGUCAAAUAAUUGGGCAAAGAUCGCUUCAGACCAGAACAGAAAUCCGAAGUCCCAGUGAGGAAGCGAAAUAGCUGUAAAGUGGUGAAAAUGGCGACGAUCGAAACCCCGUCCUUUCAGGAAGCGUUGCGCUGCGAUGUCUGCAAAUGCAGCUUCUCCACCUUUCGCCGCCGGCAUCAUUGUCGAUGCUGUGGUCGGACGUUAUGUGCUGAGCAUUCAUCGGAUCAAAUGGCCUUGCCACAGUUUGGUAUUCACACAAACGUUCGUGUUUGUGCUGAUUGUUAUAAUGAUGGCUCUAGAGACGGACUUUUUAUUCUUCAUGGCAUCAUUAUAAAGGAUGGCUAUUUGGAUGCCUUCGUGCCACCUGCUCCAAAUGAAAUUAAUGCUGUAGGAGAUUCAAUUUCCAGAUUAGAUAUCAGUACAAUUUCAGAUGCCAAAUCUGAAGUUGGUGCUGCAAAAGCUUCUUUUCCAGGCAUUUCUGAGUGUAAAUGUGGGAUGCCUUUGUGCAUUUGUGAAGCACCUGCUCAACCAAAAGUUACUGCACAACCGCAGGCGAGGAUACCAUCAAUCACUACUGCAAAUCCUCCACUUUACUCAAUCCAAAAGCAAAAAAAGACGGAACCAGCUUCUAGGAGUAGAGUUGCUAACAGUUCUGUGGAUAGAGCAUCCAUCAAUUAUGAGGUCACUGGAGAGGGUUUGAGAGAAGCAAUAAAAAAUGGCGAUAUUGCUGCUGCUAAGAAGCUUUUGGGUCAGGGAGUUGAUGCAAAUUAUAGUGACAAGCAAGGCUCGUCUCUAUUGCAUUUGGCAGCGGUUUUCAAUCACACGGAGAUAGCAUUUGCCCUCAUAGACCAUGGAGCACGUCUUGACUGCAAGAAUUCACAAAGCGAAACACCUCUGGACUGUGCUCCGGUGACGUUGCAGUACAGGAUUAAACAGAAGAUGGAAGAUGUGCAAUCAGUUGCUCAUGCAUAACAGAAUGUUGUACAUUGAACUGUUAAAAAGCUGGUAACCUUGUGUUAGCAACUGGUUGACGUUGUUCCAACUUUUGUUGAGGUUCGCAUGUGUUGUCAGGAGUAAAGGGCAAACACCACCAAAAAUUCAAUUUUCUUCGUAUUGUUGUUAUAACCUCGUUUGUGGGCAAGGUUUCUGUAAAUUACUAUGCCGUUGUGAGCAUUUCCAGAUGAAAUGAUAUUCCUUAUAUUACCAUAGUUCAUUGUACGUUUUCUAGUUAUUUGGCAGAUUUCUAUGAAUAUGAAUUGAGGUUGUGGCAUACUAUGAUCAAGUUUCUAUCUAUAUUUAAAUGUCCUUAUGUUUAUUAAGUGCG